GCAAUAGCAACGAGAUAAACAACAAUGGCGGAAUGACAGCAUGAACAAGUGAAGUAGAGUCAAAACAUAGUGUUUCUUCCUGUCAUUUUAGGAAACAUGACACUCAAUCCUUUAUCAAACCCUAAGGGACUGAAGUUACUCUGUGAAUUGUGUCAAAAGCCAGCCUUUAUACAAUGCAUGCGUUGCAGAGUGACCUAUUAUUGUGGGGUAGAGCAUCAGAAAGCCGACUGGCUCGGCAUCCAUGAGAAGAUCUGCGACAGUCUAAUCCCACUUCGUAUCAGUGCUCCCUUCCUCCCAUCAGACGAAGAAAGGCAAAAGAGGGAGAAGGAAUUAUCAUUAAAAAAGCGGCACAUGAUCGACUUGACGCGUACAACAGGUCAGAAGUUGUUGUUUGAGGGGAAGCAUGAACAGGCGGUUCCCGCAGCGAUGCAGUCACUGAGAUUCUCCAUCGAUGUUCAUGGCUUGUCCAGCAUAGAGCUGGUGCCGUCAUACCUCAUCCUGGGAGAAGCCAGCAUAGGUUUAGGUCGACUGGCCCAGGCGGAGGAGUAUCUAGCCCAGGCCCAGUGGACCGUGUUGAAGACACCGGAGUGUUCUAACGCCAUCAAGUCCAAGCUCUACAGGAACCUGGGACUGCUGUACGCUGCCAAGGGAGAGUACUCCGCCGCGUUGAGGCAGUUAGCAGAUGAUAUUUAUCACGCUUCUGAAGAAUUUGGCACCGAGGACAUUCGGACAUCAGGAGGCUAUUUCCACAUGGCCAACGUGUUUUUCCGCCAGGGGAAGAUGGAUGUCGCUGACACGCUGUACAGACAGGUGACGAGCAUCUGGCACCAUCACCUGAACCGCAUCGUCAUGUCGCGCACCAGGACCCCGGAUGUCCCGAAGGGGGUGGGGCCUGGGGCUGUGGAGAGGCUAGAGGAGGAGGAGGAGCCACUAGAUGAGGCACAGGAAGCUGAGGCGAUCCAGGUCCUCAACGCCAUGUACGACAUGCGAGAACACCAGCCAAACCGUGCAGCCGAGGAUCUGGCCACGGUGUGCCACGCCCUGGCCAUGCUGUACUUCGUCUUCCAGGACAUCAAGAGGGCGAAGGAGUUUGGUCGCAAGGCGGUCGUGGCCAGUGAUGGUUCUCCUGACGACAACAUUUCGCGCUCCAUCAUUGAGUUCAUGAAGAUAUGUGAACAUUAUAAGUAGGAGAGCUACAUCAAGGAUUGGAUGUGUCGGCGCUGUCAUUAUUUAUAUAAAGUGGGGAAUGUCUGAUUUUCCAAUGCCCCAUGUGGAAUUCCUUGGAACACUCUCCCGCAACACCGUGAGUUCCGCUGUCUCCUGCUACAUUCAAACAGGGAGGCUGCAGUUACCAUUUUAGGAACAAAAGUUUUUGUCUUUCUUGUCACAACUUGAAACAUAGUGUUGAGAAAGUUUGGAAAAUGUAAUCAUGUUUUUUUUCUGCUUAAUGUUAUAUAGGAAUGUAUGUUUUCUGUUGUAAAUGUUUUGUUUCUGGGAUAUUAGAUUUCUUGUUAUACAAAUUUGAAGGAAUGAUUGCUUGAUAUGAAACAGUUUUGAAAGGAAAUGUUUACUAUUUUUCCUGAUUUUCUGAAGAAGUAAGCAUGUCAUCAGUAUUCUGUAUACCAUGUGGCAUGUUCUGUAAAUAAAGUGUAUUGUAAAUUC